CUAUGAAAACAUAAAGGGCCGGGGCGAGGUUGGAAUUUGCAGCGUUAAUGUAUUUUUUUAAAUAUGUGUUUUUGUGUCCUGUAAAAAUGUAUCUUAUAGAGUCAAACAUGUUCACCAAAAAGUAUAUUGCAUUGUUAUAGAAAGGUACUACAUAAAAAUGAUAUUUGUCAUUAGCAUCUAGAAUUAUUAUUUCUGAAGGUAACUGUUUGUUUUGUGUCCAGAAUUUAAAUGUGCCAGUUUAGUAUUUUUCUCAUUUUGGGAAGUAGCAGGGUACUUGGUCUGCGUUUUGCGCUUGUCGCGAUUGCGCCGAUCAUGACAUUCUGUGUUUUAUUAUCUGAUCGGCUCGGAUAGAUUUGAUUACUUCUUUUGUUUUAUGGGGAUCAAAAAUAACAUAGGAACAGAGAAGGAAAUGGCGAAGGGGUAAGACAGUGCAGUCAGACUGGUAAAACUGUGAUGUGAAGGAAAUACUAGCUAAUGUGAUACUCCUAAAUGUAGAUGAACGUUUUUUAAUCAUCAUGUCUGGAAAUCCUGUUCUAGGUACAGCAAGUGAAAAGUUAUGUGCUUAAGGGAAGCAGAAGCAAGUACUGACUUUAUUAAAAUAUCUUCAAAGCAGAAAUUCCAAAUGAACGCCAAGGACCCUUUCUUUUGGCUGGAGAUGUAAACCAAGCUGCCAUGUUUGCUGCGCAUUGUUUUCAAGAGAUUUCAGACCAUGACAUGGAAGUGAUUAAGAAAAUCUUAGAAUGUAACUGGGAAGAUGAAUUGCAGAUGGUUGCAAAUUUACUUCAAAAUCCGUUUUUAAUUCCAGAGGACAUUCGCAUUGACUGCUUGAUACGCGGUUUAAAUGAUAUUGAUACACCGUAUUAUAUUUUAUCUGCUGCAUUAGGUGUACAAAGACUACAGUUAAACGAAACAGAUGAACUGGAGUUGCUGAAGUGUUUAAGAUCAGUCGUCUUUAACGAACAAGGUGUCAUCUCCAUGAGAGCUUUCAUUGCACUACAACCACAUCUGAAAUAUCCCACAGACAAUGAUUUGUUUGUUAAAAUUUUAAAUAUGCCAAAAUCUUCACUACACGAUAGUGCACUGUCAUGGAUGGUGUUACAAACUAAUGAUAAAAAAGACUUGCUUAGCACACUACAAAAAGGGAAUGUACCAGAUCAUUUAGUUUCAAUGGCAGAGAAAAAAAUGGAUGAACACUGUGAAAGUUUGGCUCAUGGUGAAGAAUCUCCUGUGUCAAUUGAAGUAUUUGACUAUAUACCAAACUUGAUUGAUUUCGAAGCUAUGCUGGACAAAGAAGAAACGCUGGCUGAAUUUUUUGAGGACUUGGAUACUGAUAACAAUAACAAACUUUCAGCAGAUGAAGUGAAAACAUUCUUAGAAGAUAUUGGGAAAGAUGUAGAUAUUGAAGAAAUAGUAAAAGAAAUGAAGUCGCUUGGUGUAGGUGAUGAUUGCAAAAUUGAUAAAGACGGUUUUAUUGAAAUGAUGUUCCCAAAAUUUAAUAUCCAGUGAAUGGUAAAAUGUUUAAUCAGCGAAUAUAUACUGUGCCAAAGAUUAGCCAUUUAGAUUGAAUACAGUGAACACAGUAGCUGUUCUACAUUUUGUUCUGAUUUGCAGUCGAACUGUAUUAUACUCAACCAGUCUAUUCCGACCGUUGGAAUUUUGCAUCGAUUUGUAACAGGUUCUGUGAAAAUUAGUCUUAGAAAAAGGCACGUAUUUUUCUCUGUAUGUUUUUAUUCUUAGAACCUUAUUUUGCAUAUAUAAAUCAAUAUUUUGAUUUUUGAUUUUUAAAAGGCAAAAGAAUCAUUUCGUGUUUAAAAAUGUCCUCGUGUAGUUUCCGUUAUUGGUCUUUGUUCUUGCCAUUAGGUCAACGGCUUGAAGUAACCAAUUUAACCUUUUUCUCAAGACAAAACCUGUUUCUAAUUCUGUUUUGUUAGUUUUUGCUUGUACAGAGCUCUACUUCUGAAUUGCGAUUAUUUAGUUAUGAAUAAGAUUUAUACAUAUUAUAUAUAAUAUUAACUAAAAAACUAACUUUAUUUUAACUGGUGUGUGGUGCUGUAAUGUAAAUGCUUAAGAUAUUGCAUCCUCUCAAAAAUUAAUUUUGUUGAUCAGCAAGAAAAUCUGGGAAUUUUAACAUAUAUUAUUUAGAUUUUUUUUAUUUAUCUCGCUACUAGACUUUAUAUUUAUUUUUCUUUAAAUUACAGCGAAGCAUAUAUUUUUUUAAAAUUACCUCGUAUCAGUUCGUUGUGAUCCACUAAAGUGGUCCUUGUGGUGGCAAUUAUUUUCUCGUCAUGUGGUUGCCUUUGAUGCACUUAUAGUUAUUUUUGCAUUUAGUAUUAUCUAGGAGGAUGGAAAUAGAGAAGGAGAAUCCAAUUCUGUAUUGUUUUUAAUAACAAUGGAAUCAUAGGCUCGUGUA